AUGCCGAAAGGAAAAAAACAAAUUCAAAAAAAUCCAAUGUUAGGAAGUUUUCCACCUCCAAACCUUUCAUUAACAAACAUGGAAGAUGAUCCUCCGGAUUUUGAUUUACCUGAGGUUCCGCCUUUCACUAAAAUUGCUACUGACGAUAGCGCUUAUAAAACUUGGAUAUGUUUGUACCCUGUUUAUUUUGAUUCAACAAAAUCACAUCAAGAAGGAAGAAGAGUUGUAAGAGAACUCGCGGUACCGAAUCCAUUAGCAAAAGAUCUCGCUGAAUCCAUAAAAAUUUUGGGGUUAUCCUGUGUCUUUGAGCCACAUAAAACGCAUCCCAGAAAUUGGGUUAACCCUGGGAGGGUACGAGUACAAUUAUUUAAUGAACAGAAAAUUCCAUUAAAUAAUGAUAUUCCGACACGGAAAGUGUUGAUUAAACAAGUAGCAUCGGUAUUGUCAGAGGUUCAAAAAAAUAAUCCGCAACAAUUUCCGCCUAGUCAUUCUCCAGCAGUAUCUAGAGGUAUAUUGAAAGAUGGAAAGAGUAACGAUUCUGGAUCUACGGCUAGUUCUUCAACUUCAGUAACAGGACAAGCUGCUUCAGGAAGUGGAUCAAAUACUUCAACUGCUUCACCUUCGAAAAAGAAGGGAAGAAAGGCAGUUCUUCCUGUAGCUAUCAUUGAUCCGAUUGUCAGAAUUGUUCUUUUUAAUUAUAAUACCGAUACAAAGCACAUUGAUUUUAGGAAUUAUAAUAUUGAUCUGAAACCUGCUGGCUUAAGCAAAAGUGUGACUAAUUUACAUAAAUAUAAUGAUAUAAGUGAAUAUGUAUUAAGGGAAGAACACGUUUCUGAGAGUGAGGUAGAAAGUGGUGUUGAGGCAACCGUCACUUUAGCACAAGAUCUUAUUGGCAGGGAUAAUCGAAAGUCAGAUAAACGUGCUAUUAAAUUAAGAGAAACAGGUCCUUGUAUGGAGUUACUAUUAGUUAAAAUUCAGGCUGGAUUAUGCGACGGAGAAGUAUUAUAUCAUGAAUUUAUUCAUAAAACACCUAAAGAAAUCAAAAAGAUACAAGACGAGCGUGAACAACUUGCUGCAUCAAGGAGAAUGGAACAGGAAAGGAAUGUUGAAAGAAAAAAAGCUGAAAAGGAGGCUCAUCGCCUCGUUACAAGUGGCGAAAAAAAAGGAAAACUAGUUAGGGAACAAGAAGAACAAACGUCGGAUGUUGAGGAAUCGGAUGUUGAAGAAUCGGGUGUUGAGGAAUCAGACAUUGAGGACAUCAUCAAAAAAGAGAAUCAGGAUGAUGAUGAUAACAACUUAGAUGAUGAAUUUUCAGACCUAGAGAAUGAACGUGAUGACUAUUCGAAGGGUAUUGAAGAUAAUAGUGAAAAAUCUAACAAGAAUCAACGCCAAAAAAGGAAAUUCGAUUCUUUAAAAGGAAAACCAAAAUUUUCUAUGAAAAUUGGAUCGAAUAAAAGGCGUAAAAAAUGA